AGCUCCGAGUCACUUGUUCGAAUCUAACGAUUCUUAAAGAAUCCGACGUUUCACCAAGCGAAAGCGCCAAGCAGUGGAUGAUUUACGGUUGUGUCGUUCCUAAACGUCAUUUAUAAUCCGUACAAAUACGCGCUUGUUGUAGUUAACGGACUUCAAACAGUCGUUGCUAGUCUGUCGUAGCGAAUGAGGGGUUUUCUGCCAUAAAGUUAAUCUCUCGUUCUAACUGCGCUGAACUUUAACACGGUUUCUCUUCAAGUGCACGAGUGAGACAACUACUCCAAGAUGGCCAACUCAAGAAAAGUGGUCGAGUUUUUCUACGAUAUUGUUUCUCCGUAUUCCUGGCUGGCGUUUGAAGUGAUGUGUCGCUAUAAAACUGUUUGGAACAUCGACCUCAAAUUUAAACCAGCAUAUUUAGGGGGAGUAAUGAAUGAAUCGGGCAAUCGACCCCCUGCAGUAGUCCCAAAUAAGUUUUAUUACAUGACCACAGAUCUGAAGCGAGUGUCUGAAUAUUUUGGCGUUCCCGUGGUCGCACCAUCAGAUGUUUUUGAGGCAAUGUUUGAGAAGGGCUCUUUGAAUGCUAUGCGUUUUUUGACUGCUGUAGCAGAGAAGGAAAAAGAGGGAGACGUUAUGGUGGAAAGGGUGUCUAGAGAGCUCUGGAAAAGAAUCUGGAGCACUGAUCAGGAUGUUACCCAGCCUGCUUCAUUCAUUCAGGCAGGAUUAAAGGCAGGUCUCUCAGCCAAUGAGUUGGAGGAAAUUCUGGCCCUUACCAAAUCUCAGCCAAUCAAAGACAAGCUGAAGAGCAUCACACAAGAAGCACUGGGCUAUCAAUGCUUUGGUUUCCCUUUCAUUGUGUGUCACGUGAACGGGAAGGCUGAGUGCUUCUUUGGUUCUGACAGAUUUGAGAUCAUGGCUCAAUGCAUCGGUGAGAAGUGGGUGGGGCCUCACCCGGUCAAACCUACAUCCAAAAUAUGAUCAAUACUUCUAAGUACAAUUUUAGGAACGCUGUACGUUCACAUUGCUUUUACGAAAUAAUCAUACUGAAUUCAAAAGACAGGAAAAAAACAAGCUGAAAUAGAAACAGAAAUAUUAAGAUGUCUAUAUACUGUACUGUUUCUUCUUCUCACCCAAGGCUGUAAAAACUGUAAUAUUGAAUGUUAUUGCAGUUUAAAAUAAAGCGUUUCCACUCUAA